AUGGAAAUAAGUCCUUUAAUAGACAAUACGUUGCAAUUGGGUCAUGCCGUAACUGAAUCCAUCGAAAUUGACCAUUUGGAAAUGUUGGUCUUGGGCCAUAAUUCUAUCAUAGGAUUCGAACCCAAAUUUCAGAGAUUUCCUUGUUUGAAAUCUCUUUCUUUGAGUUACAUUAGUAUUUCCGCAUUGGAUCUGAGCCUUUUGCUAAAUGCAUGCCCAAAGAUUGAAACCUUAGAACUUGUCAGCCCAGAGAUAGCAAUGUCAGAUGCACAAGUGACUGUUGUGCUGAGCAGUCCAACAUUAAAGAGCAUUUAUGCAGAAAGAAUCAGUUUGGAAAAGUUUAUAUUGGAGGCUGAUAGCAUUCAGCGUUUGCACAUGAAAGCUUGUGCUCUUGAGGUCUUUGAACUCAUUGGAAAGGGGACCUUGAAGCAUUUCAAGAUUGAUGAUGUUAGUGUCUUUCAUCUUGAUAUCGGUGAUACUGUUGAAAACCUUGAGAUUGUAGAUAUUAGCAAUUUUACAAUUAUAUGGCCAACAUUUUACCAGAUGAUCUCGAGAUCGUCAAAAUUGAGGAGGCUUUGGCUAUGGGUUGUGAUUUUUUAUGAUGAGGAUGAGGUUGUGGAUUUAGAAACGAUUGCUGUCUGUUUCCCACAGCUGAGUCAUUUGUCAUUGAGUUAUGAUUUAAGAGAUGGAGUGCUUCACUAUGGUUUGCAAGGAUCUUCUCAUCUGGAGAAUGUUGCUUUUCUUAGAAAGGCUUUGUGUUCGGGAGAGACAGGGAGUGGGGUUGAGGCUGCUGUUGCACGUUGGGUUGGGAUCUGGGUUUUGAGGGGGGUGGGAUAA